AGCUGGUGACUCCCCUCUCCCCACCCUCCUGGCCACCCCACCAGUGACAGCACAGGCAGGGGUGGCCUGGCUUCCUUUCUGGUGUUUUCGUCGGGUAGCUGCCUGCUCAGAGCUCACAGAAGGCUUGCACCUCGUCCCAGGCAGACGGCAGGCCAGCCCCUUCCCCAGACCCGGAGCUGGCGGGGUGGCCUCCUCCAGGAGCCUCACACGCUGCCCUCCACCAAGCAAGCUUGCAUCUGACCCACCAUGGUCCCCACAGAAGUCACAACUUUGGGAAUGGAAGGUUCAAGGGCUCCAUGCCUCUGCCAUCAUGAGAUAGAACCUCCAAAAGCAUGCCCUUGACCCGGUGCCGUCCUGUGUCUCCUUGCAGAGCCUGAUCCCUAACAUGUCAGAUGACUAUAGCUAUGACACCACGUCUUCCAUGGAAGAUUACGGGAACUUCAACAUCACUGACUUAUUCUGUAAGAAAAACCACGUCAGGCAGUUCGCAAGCUACUUCCUUCCACCCUUUUACUGGCUCGUGUUCAUCGUGGGGGCCUUGGGCAACAGUUUGGUCAUCCUUGUCUACUGGUACUGCACGAGGGUGAAGACCAUGACCGACAUGUUCCUUUUGAAUUUGGCAAUCGCUGACCUUCUCUUUCUCAUCACCCUUCCCUUCUGGGCCAUUGCUGCCGCCGACCAGUGGAAAUUCCAGACCUUCAUGUGCAAAGUGGUCAACAGCAUGUACAAGAUGAACUUCUACAGUUGUGUGCUGCUGAUCACGUGCAUCAGCGUGGACAGGUACAUCGCCAUUGCUCAGGCCAUGAGAGCGCAGAUGUGGAGGCAGAAAAGGCUUCUGUACAGCAAAAUGGUCUGCUUUACUGUCUGGGUGAUGGCGGCCGCGCUCUGCGUCCCAGAACUCCUGUACAGCCAAGUCAAGAAGGAGUAUGGGAUCGCUAUCUGCACCAUGGUUUACCCCAGUGGCGAGAGUACCAAACUGAAGUCGGCUGUCUUGACUCUGAAAGUCAUCCUGGGAUUCUUCCUCCCUUUUGUGGUCAUGGCUUGCUGCUAUACCAUCAUCAUUCACACCCUGAUACAAGCCAAGAGGUCAUCCAAGCACAAGGCCCUGAAGGUGACCGUCACUGUGCUCACUGUCUUCAUCCUAUCUCAGCUCCCCCAUAACUGCGUUCUGCUGGCGCAGACCAUCGACGCCUACAGCACGCUCAUCUCCAGCUGUGCUGUCUCCACCGACAUCGACAUCAGCUUCCAGGUCACUCAAACCAUCGCCUUUCUCCACAGUUGCCUCAACCCUGUUCUCUACGUUUUUGUGGGUGAGAGGUUCCGCCGGGAUCUUGUGAAGACCCUAAAGAACUUGGGUUGCAUCAGCCAGGCUCAGUGGGUUUCAUUUACAAGGAGAGAAGGAAGCCUGAAGCUGUCAUCUAUGUUGCUGGAGACAACCUCAGGAGCUCUCUCCCUCUGAGGGAUCCUCUCCCUGAGGUGGAUGGUCCUUUUGGAAGUAACAAGAAAUACAGCUACGGCUUCCCUUACUGGUAGGGCCAAAGGGAAAGCAGAGAAGGAAAAGGAAGUGAAAAAAAGGAAAUAAAAAACUCAGAAAGGGAUGAAUUUGAAUACCAUUAUACUUUUCGUCAGGAUUUGCCAAGCCAGAGUCUUCAAAACUGACUGGCCAUCCCAGGGGGCUGCUGAUUGGCUCCUGGCGGCCAUACCUGCAGUUUUCAAAGGAGGACUAAGGAGCAGCAUUGCAAGCCUCCCUGGCUUUGCCGCUUGCCUGAGCGUCAAUGCAGCUGACCUCUGGAGGAGGCUUUGAUUUCUCAGUGCACGGUGAAUUGCUGUGCCUUCAAUUCUGAUGCCACCCCUUCCAAAAGAAGACACAGAAGCACUGGCCACUGCCAUAGUCCACAAAUGCACAAGGCUUCACGAAAACUCCCAUCUUCGGAGAAUUUCUACCCUGGUUUGGGGGGCUGAUACCCAUGCCAGGUCUUAGAGAUUCCUGCUCUAGAAUCUUUCCAAACACCCUCAGAUCUAAUGCCCUUCUGGUCUCCUUGAUCUGUUUUGGGCCAGUGAAGGUCCUUGUUCCUGUUCUGAAGCUAUCUGCAGCACUGGUCAGUGAGGCCCUGGGUAACUGACCAUACCAGCACGUCAUCCGGAUUCUGUUGGUUUCCAACCCAUUUCUGCCAGAGGUUCUGUGAUUUCACACCUGGCGGCCACACUGAUCCGAGCAAGGAUUCAGCUUGUCCAGUGGUGUCAUGGAAGUGGUCCUCUCAGCCCGUGCACGGAGACUAAGAACCUCAGUUGGUGGGAACCGGCUCCAUUAUGGGCUCACUGUGUUGAGUGGCUUGUGUGAUGGUCCACUCUAUCUGCUCCCUAUAAAAUGGGUUGGUCCUAUUUGCCCUUUUGUUUCUGAGGCCACUGCAAGGAUAUCUGCUUCCAUGCUUCUCUUCUUCAUACUGUAUAAUGCUAACAUGUUAAAAAAAAAAAGCUUUCAACUUAGAGAUUAGGCUGAAAAAAAAGUUAACAGAAUUCACCUUUGCUCUGUGUCUUUCUUUUAACUAUUCGGCAAAUUUAUCACAUUUAAAACUUUCAUUUAUUAGAAAAGUGCUUUUUAAAUGACUGUUUAAAUACAUCCGUUACUUUUCACUUUCUUCACCCUGUCUCUAUAUUUUAAAUGUGUACAAUUAGAGAUCAAAUAGCCGUAUUAGAGUGUGAAGAAUAAGAGGCUAGGAUAGGGAAAUAACAUUUCCAAAAUACCAUAAAAUCACCUUCGCUGACCAAUUUUUAACUUCUCCUCUGUUCAAACUUAUCUUCCAAGUUUUUCCAGGUUAGUCCAGUGGAAUUUCCAAGAAGGACAAUUACAGCAGCACCAUAAACCAUACCAGCUUUGCCACUUGCUCCCGAGGAAGCAUCUCCUUUUCCCAGCAGGCUGUGAAUUGCUGUGGUUUCAGCUCCAAGGCCAUCCCUUCCAAAGGGGACACAAAAGCUCUAGGCUCUGCCAUGGUGUCCAUUUUCUCCCCACCCACUUCUAAACUACAUGUUAGUGAGAAAUAAAGUGAGCAGAAAGUGGGCAGCAACCAGGGGGAGCAAAGGGUAAUACAAAGGCUGCGCCAACCCACCCCGAGUGUGGGCAGUUGGUGGCAAAUAAGCAUUGGCCUGGGACCAGCACAUCAACAUGGGUCCCGGCACAAGAAGAACGGCCUACAGUCAAAGGGAAGGAUGGCUUCCCCAAGGCAGUCUAUGGACGGAGCUGUCUAUAUGGCCACCGUUUCCAGGAGGAGACCCAGAUAACCUCUGAGGAACCUAGAAGAACAAGCAAUAGGCACGGGCCAAACCUAAAUAACACUGUGCAGUUAAGUGGAAGAACUCAACUGAGUUUGGCUCUUCCAUCCCACGCCAUUUUUUGUUUGUUUGUUUGUUUUUGUUUUGUUUUAUACAGCAGGUUCUUAUUUGU